AUGUUAGCAGGCAUUCGAAUUUUCAAGGCAGUCAAGUUUGGUGGGCUGGAUGCUCCGGUGCAGCACGAUUCAGGCGGCACCGAAUGCGACGUACCUCCAAGACGAAGCAGCUUCUUCGCAGGCUUGGAUAAGGGAACUAUAGAAUUCGUUUUCGGCGUGCUGAGACAAGCGCAGAAGUACGAAGAGGAUCAAGGUCUUCGGGAAAUGACAAGCCUAAACUUGGCCGAAAACAAAGAACAAGUUGGUGGUAAAAGUAACCAGGGCUCGUGUGAGGCGUGCCCAAAGAGUUUACCCGAAGUGGAACUGGAAGAAUCCAAAGGAGAAGUAUCGCAAGCCGCUCCCAACGGUGGCGCUGCACGUAAAGCAAUGCAGUUGGAUGCCUGUUCACCUUUGCCUUCGUCGGUGGCGCUACCAAGCGUCGACAUGUUGUUGGUGCAUGAGUUAGCUUUGCGAAUGGCGGCCAAGCAGCAAGGGGAUACUCUGGACCUUGCCUUGCGUUGCUUGCGCAACUGGGCCUUCUUAGCCAAAAAGCUUCGAGAAACAAGGACCAAGGUUAACCUCCGCUUCGAGGGAAGAGAAGAGGUUCGUAAGAUAGCCAGUCAGCGAGAGUUCUUCGUGCGCUUGAAGCAACACUCAGUGGCCAAAAAGCGGGCACGCCAGGCAGCUAACAGAAUGCUGGGCGAGAGGUGCGGAACGGUCGAGAGGACUGUCAUAGCAGCCCUUGCGGCAAACGUUCAAAGAGCUCGGUAUUUGGACAGAUCUGCGGGUAUCCUAAGAGAAAAAAUUGGCAUCUUGCGCAAUCUCAGAGGAAAGUCUCGCGUGUUGGCCGCGUUAAUUCAGGCCUGCGAAGACGCCAGGGUUCGGCAGAGGAAAGCGGAAGGCUUCCGUGCUGACGGGUUGAUACGUCUGUGUGUUGAGGCCUUUGGUGCAUGGGCGAGCGCAGCCGGACUCGCUGGGCGGCUGCGGAAGCGCCUCGGUCUCGCGGAGAGGGCUCUGCUGAAGAACCUUCUCUCCGCGUGGGCCCUGUUUUCAAAGCACUCUAUCGAGAAGCGGCUGAAGAAGGAGGAGCGCACGAUGCAACGGGCGUGGUGCGCGCGCAAGCAAGCGUGGGACACCGAAGUCCUCGACGAGGCGUUUGUUAACUGGACCAACCUCACGGCAGCCAAUAAGUUCCGCCGCAUUCGGCUCUCAGCGCGAGCCUUGCGGGGGUGGGCGGCCGUAGUAAGAGCGGAGAUCACCAACGCUACACUUUCGAGAGAGAAGAAGGGCGUACUUCUGGCCGCGGCUCGUACGGAGGCCGACGCGAGGUUUAAGAGGGCUAGCUGUAAGGUCCUGGCCGACUUCUUCGAGGGCUGGGCGAGCGAAGCCGGGCUCGCGUCCCGCCUGCGUCUGCGGCUGGGGAAAGCAGACCUAGCGCUCGUUUGCAACGCUUUCAGCGCGUGGACCAUGUUUGCAAGGCACGCCGCGAGGAAGAGAGAGGCAAGGCAGGCCGCCCGGGCGACGCAGAAGAGGAACUCCGCGGUCUUGAGAGCGGCGCUCUGGGCCUGGGCGGACGUGACCGCAGCGGACAAAUUUUUCCGGAUGAGGUUGGGGCUCCGGGUGCUUACAGCGUGGCGAACGAUGCUCGAGGGGGACAGGUUGACAUCUAGUGCAGAGUUUUGA